CGCGCGCGCUUGGAGGCUGCGGAGAAGGUCGAAAGGAGUUCCUCGAGAGCAUCGACUCAAGAAGCCAGGAGAAGGUGCAGCGAAGAGACGUACACCGUGGCCCUGGAAAAAGCAUCGGGAACAUCGGUGAAGAGGGAAGUAUCUACGGAAGAAGGGAGGGCGGUCAAAGGUGGGACGUCAGGGCGGAGUUUCAAGGCCAUCGAGGGAAGGACUCCGGACUUACGAAGCGAUCGACGAGGGAAAACGGCGACUUCGCCAUGGAACCUCCUCGUCUAGCCGUCUCAACAUAGAAGGAAUACUGUAGAUCGGCGAACUCGAAGAGUCCACUGGGUGACCCGAACGAAUUUCCCCCAGAGAUUAUUUUCGGACCUCGGGGGAGGCGUUUAGGGAUCGACGUUACGAUCUUUACUCCAAUACGGGGCUGAAUACCAUCAAAAGACGCCGCCUCCGAUUCACAUCCGCGUUUCGAAUCGCGUUGCGACCAAGCAUGAGCGAAUUUAAGGACGACGCGUCUUCGACUUCUCCUAAGGAAGGUCGAGCCUUCCGCGAUCCCGAGGAACUUCUUUCGCGGCGUUACCGAGAAGAGUUCCCAGGCGUUUGCGAGGAUUCCGAGGGGGCUCGUCCUUGGAGAGGAUCGUCUCGGUUCUAGGAGGGGACGAAUGAACGAACGAGCGAAUUAAUAACGAAAGCCCCGACGCGGUCUCUCCUUUUGCGGGAAAGCGAGGGGGCGAGCUCUUGAAAGCCAGACAUCUUAUCCGCGAAAAAGGGACCGGGGUCGACGCAAGGGAAGAGGUCCGCAGACCGGGCGGGGUGUCCCUUUAGAGGAAGCGAUCACCCGAAACGCGAACCCCUUCCCGAUGACGCCGAUAAUGACCCACCGGAAGGACCCAGAACCCAGGGGGAAAAGGAGGAAGGAGGGAUUCUAGCGCGAGGGAGAACUCGAUUUCUGUGGAAGAUCCGUUUUACGGGAAUCCUUUCCUUCGAAGGAAAGGAAAUCGAGGAAGGGCGAGAUACGAGACGAGAACACUCCGAACGGCCUAAUGCCUCGAAACGACAUGGGACUGCUUAUGUUCCUAGCAGUGACGGCCUCGCUUUUGGUCUACUGCCAGACUGACGAAAAAGUUUCCUUUUACGGGGCGAGUUAUAUUCAUUUGCCGAUCCAAGAAGCUAAGGGCACCACAGACAUCAGAUUCAAAUUCCGGACCCAACUUUCGGAUGCAGUUCUGCUGCUGGCUGCUGGGAAAACGGAUUAUUGUCUCAUCAAGCUGGAAGCUGGGAGACUCAAGGUACACAUCAAUUUAGGCGCCGGCGAAAGUGAACUGGUCAGUGCCAAGGGAUUGACGCUGAACGACCUUAGUUGGCACGAAGUCAAUUUAACGAGACGCGAAGCCAACAUUACGCUGCAAAUCGAUGUGAUUCAUUUUACCCGGUCUUUACUGCCCGGCAGAUUUUUCGAGCUGAAUAUCCAUUAUGGGGUCUUCAUCGGUGGCCAGGGUGACUUCAACGAAUUAUUCUUAGGUCACAUAGACAGUUUAAGGGGAUGCAUGGCGGACAUAAUCUACAACGGCGCGAAUGUGAUAGAAUUAGCGAGAUCUAGAAAAGGACAAUCCGAAGCUACCUCCGUCACGUGGGGAUGUUCUUCAGAGUUCGAUGCAAUCAGAAGUACCGAAGUCAGUUUCGUGGAAGAUGGGUCUUUCAUUUCGAUUCCGCGACCGAUACCUCGAUCCGGUUCAAGAUGGGAAUUCGAGUUGAAGACCGUAGCAGAGAGCGGACUGUUGCUUUACAACGCCGGCCAGUCUUCCUAUGCCGAUUACUUAGGUGUCGAGCUUGCUGACAAGAAAAUCCGACUGUUGAUGAACAAGGGAAAUGGGCCCACCGAGUUGAUCCAUGGGGCCAUUGUCUCGGAUGGGAAAUGGCACCGUAUCGUGGUCGACUUCAGUCCCAGCAUGAUCGGCAUCAGCGUGGACAGCAAGGAGAACACGAUGAAUCUUCCAUCAGGAGGGAACCGAUACCUGGACCUUGCCGACACCUUGUACAUCGGAGGAACUGAAUUGAACAAACGAGCCAGGGCUCUAGGGAAGGGGUUGAAAUCCGGAGACUUGAGCUACAAGGGGUGUUUGCGCAAUAUGUUGCUCGAAAAAAGGGAAUUGGGCCUACCGGACGUCAAAGUCAGCCAAGGGAUCGUCGUAGGCUGCGUAUGGAGUUUUCCCUGCGUUGAUGCUGUACCCUGUAUACCAGGUGCAUCUUGCUCGCAAUUAGGAGUCGGCUCGUUUAAGUGCACCUGCGAUCAGCCACUUUGCAUCAAGGCCGAUUACGCCGAAGAUUACAAGAUUUACUCCAGAGCAAAUCUGCCGGUCGACCUCGAGAUUUUGUCUUUAAGACCCUUGUCGGUUUUCGAGGGAGAUGCAAUUCCAGUGACGAGCCAGAACAUCGCCAUGGUCCUCGACAUUGCAAAAUAUGGGGUGGAGGAGAACGGCGUUAGAUUCACCCUGGUCGUGCCUCCUGCCCAUGGGACUUUAACUCUAGAUUUACUAACUUCCAGAUCUGACCAUUCGUUCACCCUGCAGGACAUCAAUCAGAACAAGAUACAGUACAUGCACGAUGGCAGUGAGAUUACCGAAGACAAUAUGAUCUUGGAGUUGACGUUAGUGGCAGGUCCGAGUUACACUCUCCCAGGAUAUCUUCAGGGUCGUCUGAGGUUCCCUUUGCAUGUAAACGUUACUCCUGUAAACGAUCCUCCUCUUUUGGAGAUACCGACAGCUAAGGUGCUGAGAUUAGCACAGGGAACCAGGAAAACGCUGACGAAGGAACUGGUGUGGGCAGUCGAUGCGGACACACCUUCUGAAAUGUUAAUUUACACCGUUCUUCGAGGAGACACCGAUGCCGGGCACAUAGAAAAGUUGACAUCACCUACGCAGGUCGUCACCGCCUUCACUCAGGCCGAGCUUCUUCAAGGAUUAAUAGCUUAUGUUCACAAGGGAAACUCCAAGGCGAACGCUAUGUUGGGACUUCAAGUAAACGAUGGCAUCGAAAGCAGCCAGCCAGCUUAUUUACGAGUCUCGGCCUACCCUCUGCAGAUCAAGCUGCAACACAACACGGGAAUAGUGGUGGUCCAUCGUUCGUUCACCUUUCUGACUCCGGCGAAUUUAUCCUUCGUAACGAAUUCGGACGACACGAGCAUCGAGAUUCGCUACGACGUGGUAGCCCCACCUCAGUACGGGGCCUUGCAGAAAUUGAAAGACAUGACAACGUCCUGGGAGAACGUCGACCGCUUCACCAGCAGGGAUGUCGAACUCCACGGCGUUCGGUACAUUCACAACGUGGGGAGUCCAGGAAAGGACGGUUUCAAAUUCCAAGCGAGCGUCAGAGAAGUCCGCACCCAACAGACCUUCGACUUCAGAAUCACCUUCAUCGACCUGGAACUGCGGGAAUCGAAAUUAUUUCCCGUAAAUUUCUCCGGCUCCGACGAGGCCACCGUGAGUCCUAGGAACCUGAAGUACCUGACGAAUCCCUUGUCGACGUCGCCUGGCAGGAUCAAAUACACCGUAAGAAGCGUCCCUAUGUAUGGGCACUUGUUAUUAGCCGAUAAGAGACUGGUACCGGGUGAUACGUUCACCCAGGAAGACGUGGAUUCCAAUAGAUUGAAGUAUCGUCUGUUCAGAAGAGCCUAUUCCGAGAUAGAAGACGAGUUUCUCUUCAAGGUCUUCGCUCCCCAGUGCACGGAGAUAACGUCCACUCUAUCUCUGAGAUACAUCCCCCAUUUUGGCAGCAAACCGUUGGAAGGUACCGAAAGAAUUAAGGUGAACGAAGGGUCAAGGGUGGUGCUAAAAACCAGCCGAAUCGACUUCAGGGACUACAACGUAACGGGCCUGAAGUACAACGUUACCGUGAGUCCUCGACAUGGCUGGUUGACGGCUCUGAACGAGUCCAAUGUUAGCGUGAGACUCAAUACGACAUAUUUCACUUCCGAGGAGAUGUUUUCGGACUUAAUUUACUAUUGUCAUGACGACAGCGAGACGACUGAGGAUCACCUUCGGUACGUGGCCAUCGCCGUGGACAGCGUCGACUUCAUGUACUCGGGGACCUUUCUGAUAGACGUGAGCUUGACAAACGACAACCCACCCGAGAGGGUGAGCAACAACGUCUUCCACGUCGCCAUGAACAGCGAGAGGAUCAUCACGAAGAAGGACCUCCUAUACGUGGACAAGGAUCUGAACACCAGUCCUAGUGACCUGGUGUACUCCAAGAGGGACAUUACUAACGGCGAGGUAGUAAACGCCACCACCUCUGUGCAAAUCUUCGAGUUCACCCAGGAGGACAUCAACGAGGAACAGGUCCUCUUCCGACAUCGCGGGGCAAGCCGAGGAACCUUCAGCUUUGGAGUCACCGAUGGUCAUUACUACACCGUGGGUGUUUUAGAAAUUCAAGCCAGUCCUCCGUAUAUUCGUUUGAGAGGAACCAACGCGUCGGUUGCGCAAUUCAACAGGACGGUGAUCGUCACCCCCAAGGAGCUGGACGUGGAGACCAACGUCAACGCGAACGACACCGAUGUACGAUACGGUGUCCUGGAGAAGCCGAAGCACGGAGUCCUGCUGAAGCACUCCAGAGUGACCUCCAACUUCAGUCAGGAUGAUUUAGGGCAUGGCGCCGUUGUGUAUCGUCACCUAGGAGGGUCCCUCGCGAAGGACGACGUCAAGUUUAAGGUCACUGCCAAAGGUGCCGAGUCCGAAGGCGUCCUGAUCAUCAGGAUCUACCCGGAGAGCUACUGGGAGCCUCUGAUCAUUGAAAACAAUAAGACGGUCUUUGUCGAGGAGGCUACCAGCGUCCUCAUCGGCAAGAAGACUCUCUGCAUCGUGCACCCCAAGAUACCCGCUGGAGAGAUCACCUAUCUCAUCAGAGAGUGGCCCAGAUUUGGGUACCUGGAAGUCCAAACCCCGGAUGAACAUAGCGAGGAGGAGAGGGAGGAUCUCGACGACCUCAAAGUGAAACAAUUCGACCAGAGCAUGGUGAACGAUGGUCGUCUCCAUUACGUCCAGUCCGUCACCAACCAGACCCAGGAUAGAUUCGUUUUCGAUGUGACCAAUGGCGUCACGUGGUUACACGGAUUAAUGGUCAACCUCCUCAUCGUCCCCGACAAGUUUUACGUCAUGGCGAAUAAUAUUAGCGUCGUAGAGGGUAAGAGCGUUGCCUUGAAUUCGGCGGACUUUGUAGUGUUGACCAGUUAUUACGUAGGCAAGAUUACCGAUUACCGAGUGGUGGAGAAGCCGAAGCAUGGAACCGUCAUGGACUCCACAAAGUAUUCCCAGGUGAAGAAGUUCUCGCAGAAGCACUUGAACGCUGGAGUGAUAUUGUACAAGCAUAAUGGAGACGAAGUCGCGGAGGACUCCUUCAGGAUGGCCGCCAUGGCUGGAGAAAAAUCCAGCGAGUCCUUCCUCGUUCGCGUCCAUGUACAGGCGGUUAACGACGAGAUCCCGGUGCUGGUGAACAAAACAGAUCUCAGAAUGUGGCAAGGUGGCUCCUUGGCUCUGACUUCUGCCCAGCUCGCUGCUCUGGAUAACGAUACCUCGCCAAGGGACAUCGUCUUCAACGUCUCCAUCUGCAGACACGGAUUCAUCUCCUUCAGGGAGGAUCCUAAGGUGAAGGUCUUCGACUUCACUCAGGAGGACGUUAACCAACGCAGAGUCCUGUUCACGCAUACGAACGGUACCGACGCUGACUUCACGUUCACCUUGAACGACGGCGUCCACAUGACGGAAAGCCACACGGUUUUGGUAACGACGAGCGCCGUUCGUCUGUCGUUGAGGAACAACGAACUUCUCAAUAUAUUCCCGCUGACCAGGAAGCCGAUUUCCUCGAAGCUCCUUCUGGCUGCGUCUUCGGACGACGAGAGGGAGAUCAGAUACUCCGUGCAUAACGGCCCUCAACUUGGCAAGAUCAUGAUGGAAACGAGCGAGGGCGUUUGGCUGGAAGUUAAUCAGUUUACCCAGAAAGAUGUUAAUCAGAGCAGAGUCUCUUACGAGCACACGAAGCAGUUCAUGGACCUCUCCGCCAACGACUCGUUCACGUUCAACGCCGAGACGCACUUUGCUCCGCCUUUAACCAAUCAGGUAUUUCAAAUAGAGAUUUCGGUGUCGAGCGGCGGUUUGGACCGAUACAUCAUGGCGACGCCGGUGCGAGUCGAGGAAGGUGGAUCGGCCCAGGUGACGAUGAACAUAACAGGGAUCGUUCAAUUUCUGCGAACGAAAGCAGGGAUCCAAAAUCCAGUGGUCCUGUCCCGUCUGGUAGCUCAACCAAAUCAUGGGCACGUGAUGUUGCUCCCCGAUCUGAACGUGACGACCUUCACCCAGCCGCAGAUCGAGAGCGGCAAAGUGGCGUACUAUCACGACCACUCGGACACCCUGGAGGACUGGGUGUUUUUCUCGCUGUAUCUGACCCCGGGUCACGUCCUCCUCUGCAACACGAGUAUCCCUGUAGUGGUGACACCGGUCAACGACCAGCCGUUCAAGCUGGUGACAAAGGCGCCCUUCAUCACGGUGGUGCAGAACCAGAACCAAACGAUUACCAGAGAGAAUCUGCUGACGACGGACCCCGACACGGGCCCCGAAGAGCUGAUCUACGACGUGAUAUCGGGCCCCACUCAUGGGCGGCUACUCCUGCUGCCCUUCGGCCAGAAUUCAUCGGAAGUCCAUCAGGUGAACCAGUUCUCGCAGCAGGACGUGGACUCCAACCGACUGGUCUACGAACACAGUGGACCAUUCCAGGCGGUUUCCUUCUACUUCCGCGUAUCCGACGGUCGAUUUAAUCCUAUUUACAUUGUAUUCAACGUCCAUGUCCUACCGAUCAAGUUGAACGUCACGGUGGUGAACCCGGUGCGCCUGCAGCAGGGCUUGAACGUGGCGCUGAUCUCUCAGGACAACGUCAGGCUGGACACCAAUGCUCGACAGGACCGGGUCACCUACAAUGUCACCAGGUCGCCAAGGUUCGGCAAGCUGUACGUCAGGGACGUCGCGGCGACUGUCUUCAUGCACACGGAUUUGAUGUCGAAGAGCGUGAUGUUCAUGCAGACGGACAUGACGGCUUCAAACGACAGUCUGGAACUGGCCGCCCAGCUCAACGGCUUCGAGGUGAGGAACUUGCAGAUCGAGAUCAAGGUCGAGCCCCUGAUGAUCACCGGUCCGAUGAUCGCCCUGGUUGGAGAGAAGAACCGCAUCACGCUGAGACACAUGGACGCGACUCCCCUGGCCAAGCUGACCAGCAGCAACCCUGUAUACACGGUGACCAGGAAGCCGAAAUACGGCAGGCUGAAGCGUAUCAUCAGGACCUCCGGCGAGAAGAGGGCGCUCCGGGAAAAGGAGGUCGCCAGGUUUACCCACCAAGAGGUGGUCUCCGGGGUGGUCUAUCUAGUAUGCAGGAAGAUGCCCGUUCUGGAAAUCGAGGGCGUUCCGGAUAGCUUCCAGUUCGUCCUGGCUGCCUCCAUAUUUCAGCCCGCAACGGGCGAGUUCCGAUUCAGGGUCAAGCUAGACGUGGACGAGUUCAACAUGACCAUGGGUGGACCCAUGGACCCGGUGGGCCACGAAGGGGAAAUGGCCAUUGCGCCGAACAUGAGCAACGACUAUCUCCUGAUUCUGGGCAUGCUGUUGGGCGUGUUUCUCUUAGGCGUCGUCGUCAUCGUCACCAUCAGGUGCAGGCACAAUAGGUAUAAGCAGGCCGAAGAGGAGAAACCCGAUGCAUCCUCGACGGUUGGGGUGAUGCCGCUUCCUAGACCACCUGACCAUCUCAUGCCCAGUUCUCCUAAUCUCAAAAAGUUCUCCAACGACCAUAACUGCGUCGGCAUGAACACCCAGGUCCCGGUGCUGUCGACCAUGACUUCGACUCUUCCGCAGUGUAAGGUCAUUCCGCUCAAUCCUUUGGAGAGUAUUCCCGACUCGGACCUGGACGUUGCCGCGAGGUAUCCCUAUGGAGUGGCCGAUGCGGACGAGUGGAGCAGCUUCGACACUUCCGAGUUGCCCUGCCAGUCCGCCACCUCCCAGAGGACGAAUCCACUUCUGAGGAGGAAUCAGUACUGGGUCUAGCAGGAGGUCUACGGCACCUAAGGAAAUCGGUGCGGGUCGUAGCUAGAGGACGCAAUGUCUCCCUAUUACGAGGGAAGACGCGGUUGGACCUAGACAAGGGGGUGGAGGGAACUCGAACGGACUCUUUGGUCCAUGAUCUGCCACUAUGGUCAUCGCGCACAUGACCGUACAUACCUAAGUACAUCGACCAUUGUCAUUACUACCGUGUGCCAAGAGGAAUCCUAAAUUCAUCGUGCACCGUGAUGUGGAUUUUUUUUCAACCGGGCACUAAACCCGAUUUCAAUGUUCCUUUGGAUAUCUUUCGGAGGAACCUUCGAAAUAUGAGAUGAUCGAGUAAUCAAGAGUGGACCGAUGUUUUUAAGGACACAUUUUCAAGGUGUUUCGACGAGGGUUGGAUUAAUAUGUCUCCACCGAGGCAAGGGUUAGAGUAUACUGUGCCAAAUUUUUGGUAAUGGGCUUAAUGAGUUUCUUUUCUUUCCCAGUGUAUGUUACCUGACUAUCGGUACUUUUGCUGUACGUAAAGUAAGAGGUACAAUUUUUAGGAGUUAUGAUGAUAGGAGUCGUAGGAUGAUAUGCGGCGGUCUGGCUUGUACAUAUUGUGGCAAGCGACGAGGAACUAUUGGAACAUGAUCGAGGUAUAUUGAAAAAAUAUCUAAGAUAUCGUUGGAGAGUAUUUAAUGAGCGUUAUCGCCGGGGAGUCGAAGAAAGGAUUUUACGGACGAAAACUGCGGAACAGAAGUGGCCGAUUUGUCAAUUUUUGGGCAUAAAGGAGAAUGUACGUUGUAAAGCAUCAACCUUGAUUCUCGGGGUACUUCACUACUCCCAUAAGUACUUUUAUCGUGAAUACCAUUUACAGAAAUAGAAACGAUCGAACAAUCACGAGCUAAAAUGGACCUACGACCAAACGCUUUCUUCGCCGUUUGACUAAAUUGUGCCUAAAAUAAGACACGGAAGCGAUCAAUGUGUCAAUGAGUAAUCACGACCCGUCGACGAUUAUUAUUGUCGAAAAUUUCAAGAGGAGACGAAAACUCAAAAUGGUGAAAAAACGAAUCGACAGUGGAAACUUUUUCCGCGAAAAUGUCGAGAAACUUUGGGAAGUUCCGCGAGAGCGAGGCCUAAUUCGCGAGACUAGAUUUCGAUAUUUCGCGGCUCUAAGAAUUUUAUACCGAGUAGAGGGUAGAACGUCGUUACUGGAGAAUUAAACGAGCUACUGCUCGUGCUUAAUGGCACGCAGGUGAAGGCCGUCUUAAGUAAUGUCGAGUUAAAAAUAUUCGAAUACGUAUCACCAAGAUAGAGAAUAAAGGCCAAUCAUGCAGACCCUUUUCUUUUUACUGGCACUUUGUGGGGGAUUUCCAGCCAAAGCGUCCUGGCGUUUCUUUUCCCUUCCAUUUUACUCGGUUAAACGGGAGUAAUUGAAACAUUUGUAAUGUCGGAGUCGAGGAAUCAAUUCAACGGAUUACUGGCAUUUCGGGUAAAUGGGAUGCCCAAAGGAAAUAAUAAUAUUUCUGAUGGAGAACAUCCGACAGGUCGAUCGAAAUUAUUAGCAUUAAUUUCGAGGACACCUCGUUCGAGGGAAGAACAAUUAAUUUGCCACGGUGGAGUGACGUCGACUGGUUUAAUCAUAUUACAUUAUAUCGCUUCCCUCGACCAAGGGUUACGGGGUGCUUCCUUUGUAUAAUAAUCUAAUGAAAUAGCCAUAACGAAAUCCCUGAGAAGAUGGGAUUUUCGGAUUCGUCUGUAAAUCUCGUUUUUCUUGCGCUGGAUUGGGAAAUUUCUCGUAAGACGUGUUGGACUGUGUUAAGGUUACACCACCGGUUACGAUAAUUAAUAUAAUACGUACUCCGUUACUCCAUGCGGACUCGUUGCGACAGUUGACAUUUUAUACGAUUUGUACAUAAUUCCGUCGAUCGUUCCGCCCCGACAUUUAAACGAGUUCGGGAAAACGGCAACGAUCACGACAAUUCUUGACUUAAGGGUAAUGUACGUCUCAAAGUCGACAUUGAUUGUGCAAGAAUAAAUUGUUUACCAUAGAAU